GGAGCGGCGGCGGGAGCUGCCGGCAGUGGCGCGGCCGAGCCGGGCCGGGCCUGCAGGGUGACUCCAGUAGCACGUGGAUCCAGACAGUGACAAUUCUACUGAGGACUGGCAAUUAUUUCCAGUUUGAAGAAAAAGUGACAUUGGCUCAAAAUGAGUGCAAUGUUGGAAACCCCUGAGCUGCCGGCAGUGUUUGAUGGGGUGAAGCUAGCUGCAGUUGCUGCUGUUCUGUAUGUUAUUGUUCGCUGCUUGAAUUUAAAAAGCCCAACUGCCCCUCCUGAACUCAUUUACCAGGACUCUGCUUUGGCCCGCUUUCUCAUCAAAUCCUGCCCACUUCUGACCAAAGAGUAUGUUCCACCCCUGAUCUGGGGAAAGAGUGGACAUAUCCAGACCGCCCUUUACGGAAAAAUGGGAAGAGUGAGAUCACCACAUCCGUACGGACUUCGCAAGUACCUCACAAUGCCAGAUGGAGCAACAGCUACCUUUGAUCUCUUUGAGCCACAGUCUGAGCACUGCAUUGGAGAGGAUGUCACGAUGGUAAUCUGCCCUGGGAUUGCUAACCACAGUGAAAAGCAGUAUAUCCGCACUUUUGUUGACUAUGCGCAAAAAAAUGGGUACAGAUGUGCUGUCCUGAAUCACUUGGGAGCCUUACCAAAUAUUGAGCUCACUUCUCCACGAAUGUUCACAUACGGUUGCACCUGGGAAUUUGGUGCCAUGGUUAAUUACAUCAAGAAGACCUACCCUCAGACCCAGCUGGUUGUUGUGGGCUUCAGCCUGGGUGGAAACAUUGUGUGCAAAUACCUGGGAGAGAGCCAGGCCAACCAGGAGCGAGUCCUCUGCUGUGUCAGUGUGUGCCAGGGGUACAGUGCACUGAGGGCACAGGAAACCUUCAUGCAGUGGGAUCAAUGUAGAAGAUUUUAUAACUUCCUCAUGGCAGACAACAUGAAGAAGAUCAUCCUUUCUCACAGGCAAGUUCUUUUUGGAGAUAACAUGAAGAAGCCACAAAGCCUGUCAGAUACUGAUCUGAGCAAACUCUAUACAGCAACAUCCCUUAUGCAGAUUGAUGAUAACGUUAUGAGGAAGUUCCAUGGCUACAGUUCCCUGAAGGAAUACUAUGAAGAAGAAAGCUGCCUGCAUUACUUGCACAGGAUCUAUGUUCCUCUUCUGUUGGUUAAUGCUGCUGAUGACCCUCUUGUGCAUGAGAGUCUUCUAUCAAUUCCAAAAGCUCUUUCAGAGAAAAGGGAAAAUGUCAUGCAUGUGCUGCCCCUUCAUGGAGGCCACCUGGGAUUUUUUGAGGGGUCUGUACUAUUCCCGGAACCUCUUACCUGGAUGGAUAAGCUUGUGGUACAGUAUGCCAAUGCCAUCUGCCAGUGGGAGAAGACAAAGUCUCACUGCUCAGACACAGAGCAGGCUGUAUCUGGCCAGGAGUAGUUGACCCAAAGACUAUGGAUCACUUCAGUGUAUCUCGCCCUUUGGGAACAUCUUGUUCCCUCACCUGCUGCUUCAGGUUCCAUUCUUUUUGAUAUCCUAUGGCUGGGGUUUGAUCACAAUGUUUUCUUCCAAAGUGGAGUUAAAGUGGAGGUUAAUAUCUGGUCAGAGCAUUUUGCAUAUAUAGUCACUUGGGUUUGUAACUUCCUGUUCUGCUUGAAGGAUUAGGUUGCUGACUCUGACUUGUUACAGGGUUAUUGAGCUAAAGACUGCUUCCUUUAAUAUAGCAGAGGUUUCAGAUGUCAAAAUCUCUUCACCUGCUGGUCAAAAACUUGAUCUGAAGUGUUUGUUUAGGUGCAGAUUACAGUGUAACUAUGACUCUGUUCUUUGUCCCGGUGCUGGAAAAAACCCUGUACCAAGCCACAAGCCAGUGAGUGGUUCAGUCUGUAAGCCACUACAAUGUGGCUUGGAAAAACAGAUGCUUGACUGCAAGCGGAGUUCCAGCCUUGCACCAUCUCAAGGGAGGCCUUUUAGUUCCUAGGAAUGCACUUACACAAGUCAAUCAAAUUAAAAAUACUUAACUUUUCCAUGCUUCAGCUGUCUGUGGAUUGGGCUGUCUUUAUGCUGGGACUCCAAGUAGAGAAAAGCUGCAGGCUGGUAAUACCAGUUAAUGUUUCUAUGUUACUUUGUUCUCACACCAAGACCAGAUCAGUCACCUUCUUGUCAUCUUUGCCUCUUUUUAAAUGUAGUCAUCUUUUUAGUACUGGAUUUUUUUGUUUAACCCAGGGCUUUUUAAAGCUGGCUCUGGCUUCCACAUGGAAACCAGUGAUUAAGAAUCUGCAGGAUCUUUUUGUGAGCUCAAUCUGUUUUUAAGAAUAUUUCAUAGACAAUUAAGUAUUCUGUUAGGGAUUAAUCUGUUGGGGAGAAUUUUAGAUUUAUUCCCCUUAUGUCAGGGUAAAUUAUACCAAAAUUCUUCCCCUUAGCUUUCAAAGCAUCAAAUGGUUUUCAGACACAUGACUUGCCUUACAGUUGAUGGGGAACUGGAUGUCUCUAGCCCUGUGCAACUAAAAUGAUAAUCUUUGCAUGGCUAACUACUUCCAUAUCUGUGUAAAUGCUGUAGGAUUACUGGCUCCAGUAAGACACUGGGCUCUUCCUCACUUGAAUUCCUUUUCCACACCCAGACAUCCUCUUCUAGUUUUAAUGUGCAAAGUGAAGUGUGAAAGCUGUUUGCAGGAAAGAUGCCUAUUCCCUUGUGCUUUUCCCUCAAGUGGCUGUUAUGGUCUGUGCCAAGAUGAUUAUUAAAGACUCCUAGUCUAUCCCCUGGAAGGAAAGUUGUCCCAUGACAAUCUGGAAACUGAAACUUCGUGGUCAAAAUCUCUUUUUACUGUUUGUUCUGUCAAUAUGGUAGUGUCAUUAAUCCAUCCUCAGGACUUCUUUAUCACUGUGUCAGUAAAGUUCUUUUCCUGUCAUGCUUCCCACAUCAAUUAGCACUUUAUUGCUUCAGCCUUGGUCUGUGUUAGUUUAUAGCUUAAGGAUGAAACAAGCUGCAAGACUUCAGUCUGGUAAUAUAGGAGAACAAGCCUUCUGGACUGUCCUGUCACUGAACUUCAGUAGGUUGGAAAGGUGGUGUUUUGUUUUAAUAAAGCAAUAAUUAACUAUUGUAGCAAAGGUGCAUUAUCAUAUCAGGAAAUUCCUUUCAUUUGCCUUAGGCCAGACACCUUGGCCUGUUACAAGGAACUGUGGAUAUCUGCACAUUGUCCUUGUUAGUAAAUCCAGGUUUCCUUUUUUUCUUCAAAGAAAAGAUGUGACCAAAUAAAGCUAUAGCAAGACUUGGCCAUGCUUGUGGCUGUUCCUUAAGAACUGUUUUAAGGCAUCAGUUAGCAAGGAUAUUCUUAGCUAAUGGAUAUCUUGUCUCUGUGUUGUUAUCCUCUUAUUCAUACUGCAUCUGUAUAUCACUAAAAUCUGUCAUAAAAGACAUUUCAGAUUUUUGCUUAAGUAGCUGUUCAUGUAAUAUUCAUUGGAUAUGACUUAAAUAUCUUCUCACGUCAACAGAAGUGGAGUGUAAACAACACUUGUACACAUCAAAUAGAUACAGUAUAAAUUUAGGUGUGUUAAGGGGAUAUGGUUUUUAUCUCCAGUGGGUUACAACUUUAGAAGUGUUUUGACUUUCAUAGUAUGCUACAGCUGUAGCUUACACAGGUCAUGGCUGUCUGCCUUGAGGAAACAAAACUGCCCUUCCCAUGCUUCAUGUGUCCUUCCUCAAUCCAGCUUUACUAUGCUGAGAUGAGCAUCAACUUCAGACAGCUCUAGAGGAACAGAAGUUGUCCUUAGUACCAAUACCACUGUUGAGGUGAGAAGCCCAACAUAUAAACCAACAUGUGGAUGCGUAUGAAAGAAAGGUCAGUACACAUCUGACCUCCUUUGAGAGCAAAAUAUCUGCCUUCCUCAACUUGAGAGCCUUAUCAAAAGCAGGGGUGCUCUGCCCAGUUCCUCAACUGGCUGAAGCUCUGCCUUCUUCCCCAGGACACCAGACUGGCAGAACAGUUCAGUUGACUUGCCUGGAAUGUGAAAGUCAGGAGGGUGAGAACUGGCUGGGUACUGUCUGGGAAGGUUAAUGCUGAGGCAAGGCAAGUGUUUUGCCUCUGCUUUUUGGCCAAGUCAUGCC